AUGGCCGGCCGUGCUGAGCGCUGGGACCGCGACCGCUUCAUGCAAGAACGGGAGCGAGACCGCUAUCCAGAUGAUCGUCGCUAUCCAGACGAACGAAGCAGAUUCGAGGAAAGAAGCCGCUUCGAGGAACGUGAUGACUAUCGCCCACCGCCUCGCCGCGGCAGAGAUCACUCCGAUGAGCGCUUCGACCGUGGCCCAUUUGACCGCGGACAUCGCGGCGGAUACGAAGAGGAUUCUGUAAGAGACCGCCGCUACGUCGAAGAAGACCGUUAUGGUCCUCGUCGCGGAGAACCUUUGGACCGGGAGUUUGAUCGUCGUCUUUUCUUCGAAAGAGAGCAACGAGAAGUCCGUGAGGCCUCGCCACCACGCCGCCCGACCAUGCUCCGUCGUCAAUCUUCCCUCGACACCUUUGACCGUCGCCCUCUCCGCUUUUAUGAGCGUGAGGAAUAUCCCCCGCCAGCCCGCCGAGAAGAUGUUCGCCCUCGCGACGAUUACCGGGCCCCUCCAUACGUUCCAAUCCCUCUGCCCCGCACCCGCCAGCUGGGCCCCGCACCAUCUCAACGAUACGACGAGAUCCAGAUCGCCGAACCAGGCUACUACGGCGACGAGGAGUUCCGCGGCAUGCCUGAGCGGGUGAAGGAGCGUGAGGUCGUUACUUCACGCCGGCGUAGAGACCGCAGCCGAGAGUCUAGGGUGUCAAGGUCAACCAGAAAGAGUUCGCACCGAAGCAGCUCACGAUCAAGCAGCACAUCCAGCAGGUCGACCAGCACUACCACCAAGACCGCGACGACUGUUCGCAGCUCCUACCCGAAGAAGGGCAAGACCCGCAUCCCACAGCGCCUGGUUUCCAAGCGCGCGCUCAUCGACCUGGAAUAUCCUUACAUUGAAGAGGCAACUCUCGGCCAGGACAACAUCGAUGAACUCCUGAAGCUCAGCGAGGAGUACAAGCAGAGUGAAUUGGAGAUUGCUGCAGCUCGAUCAUCGGCUGGCAAGCAUGAAGAACGACACGAGGAGAUUUACACCAUCCCUCCGCCGGUUGCUGCCCUUCCCCCGCCGCCCCCGACUGUCAUCCAUGUCCCUCCUCCUCCACCGGCUCCUGCUUCAGUGGCGCCGCCUCCCGCGCCCCCAACCGUCGUUUCUGCUCACCCUCCUGCUCCCCCAUCCGUCUACUAUGAGGCGCCUCCUCCGCCACCUCCCGCUCCCGUUCACGAGGUUGUCAACAAGACUACCAUCAUCCGCGAUGUCUCUCCUGCUCGCAGCUCCACAUCCUACACAACAUCGACGACCGCAACACCAGUCGUAUACGAGCGCCGCGAGUACAGCGAAGAGGUCCCUAUCGGACCCAUGGCGGUCGCUGAGCGUCGCCGUAGCCGGUCUCGGUCUCGCAAGAAUAUCAGAUCCGAGAUCAAGGCUCUUGAGGCUGAGCUUCACGAGCGCAAGCACGGAAGGAGCCGUGAACUCGUCCGUGCUGAACAGAUGCCCGAUGGCGCUGUAGUCCUCUUCGAGGAGAAGGUCGAGAAGGUCGAGGAGCCGCGGCGUGGAGUGCGGAUUGAGAAGGACAAGAAAGGUCCUCCUCCUGGAAUCAUGCGCGCUAUGCUGGCAACUCUCACAUAA